UUUCAUCGUCUGUUCAGACAUAGAUAUCCACUCUCUUCGUCUAAAAUGUCCACACAAAUGCAUCAUGCUAUCUUCACUUUUCCACCGAAGUCCGUUCCGACAUCUAAAUGCAAAGCAGUAUCCCUCAAACAUGGUCGGUCAGUGGGAAAUUUCAGUAUCCUCAUAGGUACUCAAGUUCCAAAGACAAAAGCGCUACAAUUAAAUGACCUCAAUAUUAUAAAUGACAUUUGUAGAGCUCAAACCCAAGACUGUAGCCAUACCUCACUAGUAAGAGAGACCGAUCAUGUAGCAAGUGAAGCUCUAAAGAAGGCGAUUGCUUAUAUUAGAAGGAUCCUAAGCACCGUUGAAGAUGGAAGAAUAAGUAUCUCACCUUAUGACACAGCAUGGGUUUCUCUUAUUGAAAAUAUUGAUGGAAGUGGCACUCCUCAAUUUCCAUCCUCACUUGAGUGGAUUGCACAAAAUCAACUCUCUGAUGGUUCUUGGGGUGAUGCACUAUUUUCUGUGUGUGAUCGACUAUUGAAUACUCUAGCUUGUGUAAUUGCAUUGAGAUCAUGGAAUAAUCAUCCAGACAAGAGUGAAAAAGGAACAAGAUUUUUCAAGGAGAACUUAUCCAAACUGGGAAAGGAAGAUUUAGAUAGCAUGACUUGUGGAUUUGAAGUUGUAUUUCCUCCUCUUGUUGAAAGAGCUCGUAGUUUGGGCAUUGAGAUUCCCCAUGAUGCUCCAUUUCUAAGAGAGAUCUUUCGUUUGAGAUCUUUAAAAUUUGCAAGGAUUCCAAAGGACCUAAUGCAUGAAAUACCAACUCCAAUACUUUACAAUUUGGAAGGAUUAGAAGACCUAAAUUGGGAAAAGCUGUUGAAGCUACAAACAGAAGAAGGAUCAUUCUUGACUUCUCCAUCUUCAACUGCCUUUGCACUUAUGCAGACCAAAGAUAACAACUGUUUGAAGUAUCUCAACGUUAUUAUCACAAAAUUCAAUGGUGGAGCACCUACCGUCUAUCCGAUUGAUGUGUUCUCACGACUUUGGGCCGUUGAUCGCUUGCAACGCCUUGGAAUUUCUCGUUUCUUCAAGCUGGAGAUUAAGGACUGUCUGGACUAUGUAUACAGAUAUUGGACUGAAAAUGGAGUAUUUAGUGGAAGAAAUGCAAGAGUUUAUGAUUUGGAUGACACCUCUAUGGGUUUCAGGCUUCUAAGGUUAUUGGGCUACAAUGUCAACCCUGAUGUUUUUAAGCACUUCAGGAAACAAGGCAAGUUCGUUUGCCUUGGCGGUGAGCUAAAUGAAUCUCCAACGACGAUCCUAAAUCUCUAUAAGGCUUCUCAAGUUCAAUUUCCUAGUGAGAAUAUACUUGACGAAGCCAAAAGAUUCUCCUACAACUUUUUGAAGGAAAGGGUAGCAAAUAACAAAUUUGUAGAUAAGUGGGUUAUUUCCAAGGACAUUCCUGGCGAGAUAACUUAUGGAAUUGGAAUACCAUGGUAUGCUAACUUACCUCGGGUUGAAGCCAGGUUCUAUGUAGAGCAUUAUAGUGGUGCUGAUGAUGUUUGGGUUGGCAAAACAUUAUACAGGGUGGCUGAAAUUAGCAACAAUAUUUAUCUGGAGCUUGCCAAACUAGAUUACAACGAGUGUCAGGCUCAGCAUCAACUUGAGUGGAUCAACAUGCAGCAGUGGUGGGCAGAAAGCAACCUUCCCGAAUUCGGGAUCAGUAUAGAGAACCUUUUGGAUGCCUAUUUUCUAGCUGCUGCAAGCUUAUAUGAGCCAGAAAGGUCAAUAGAGAGACUGGCAUGGGCUAAAUCUACGGUAAUUGCUCAGUCUCUGACAAUAUAUUUUGAUGAAGUUGCUACAUCAACAGAACAGAGGAAUCGAUUCAUUGCAGGUUUCAAAGGCAAUUCUUUUAGCUCUCUUGAAAAGAUAGACAAGAUGGGAGAGAGACUACUUCGAAACAUUCAAAAGUUCAUUCACCAUCUCUCAGUUCAGACAUUUCAAGGGCUGGAGAGGGAUCUAACUCAGCAAUUGAAUGAUGCGUGGGAGGCGUGGUUGACAACAGCAUUGAAUAUGAAAAUGGGUGAAUACCCAAAUGAGGCAACAUUGAUAGUGCAGAUUCUGAACCUGUCCAGUGGAAGGAUAAUGUGUUCAAAGGAGAUGCUGUACAAUGACGACUACAAGCAUUUGUCACACCUCACGGAUAAAGUUUGUAAUCAGUUUCGCCAACAUCAGAAAAAUCAAAAGGAAAUUCAUACGGUGUGCCCAGAGAUGAAUGGCGGUUCACACGGUUGUAUCAGAUCCACAGAGAUUGAAGCUGACAUGCAAGAAAUUGUUCGAUUGGUGCUUCAAAGCCCCCCUGAGAACGUAUGCCAAAUGGUCAAGCAAACAUUUCUGACGGUUGCAAAAGCAUUCUACUACAUGGCCCAUUGUUCCAAGGAAACUAGGAGCAGCCACAUAUCUAAAGUGCUAUUUGAACGACUUUUGUAAUGUUCAUGUAUGAUUUCUCAAAUUGAAGUCUUUUGUGGAAAAUUCAGGUAGUAAACUAAAUUAAUGUCUUUGAAAUAAAGCUAAAAUGAAAAAUAGGACCUUAUGACUGAGCACCCCAAAUUAGUUGGAUACUAACAUUAAUUGGAUUAAUUCCACCUUGUGUCCCAUACCCUAGCUAUAACUGAUUCUCACUUUACGCUUUGAAUUUUAAUUUUAGAUACCUUUUACACUCUAAGCUUUUAUAUUUGCCCCACUUUUUGUUUAACGGCAUUGAGAAAGUUGAUGGAUUUUACAUACACAUCACAGCCUGCUAGUUAGCUGAUCAAGUUUCACCUACAUCCCUAACUUAUUGUUCGCUUCAAAUUUGCACACCACAAACUCCAACAUUUUGACACAGUAGGCC